AUGCCUGUCGUUGACAAAAGUCCGGCCAAGGAGCCCGACAUCACCUUGGGAGACUGCAUUGACUUCUUGAGCGUCAUACGCGAGUUCAAAAUGCUACCUGGAACGAUGGAGACCAACGAAAUGAUGAACCAGAUUGGGCAGAAGACUCAUGCUUUGGCGGUGCGAAGUCUGCUUAAGAAACGAAAGCUUCUUUGGGACAGGAUUCCACGGCUGUUCGAAAUCAUGAGCUCGGCAAUGGAUUCGCAAAGCAGAGGAUAUGACAUGCUGUUCAAUCACCAGGCAGGAAAUACUGUCGGUGAGCUGAAAGAAUACAUUCUGGCGUGGAAAGCGCUCAUGGCAGAGAUCGAAGAGAUUGAAGCGAAGCAUGCGAAGAAUGAGGCCUCGAAAUGA